AUGUUUCUCUGCAUUCCCAUUUUUCAAAUCGCCUUCUUACCGAAGAAAAUCUUCGUUGACUUCGCAAAACGUUCAGUAUCUCUGUCACGUCUCUCAAGAAGGAUGAAGAAAAACAUCAUCAUUUUCCUAUCCCUCGCCAUCCAAGCAGACGCAAAAUGCACAACCAUCCCCACAUGCGGGGACCCCAGUGAUCCCAUUUGCAUACCCGGCAAAGCCAACAAAUGCAAUUGGUUCUGGGAUAUACACAAGCUGAGGGAUGAAUGUGGGCAGGAUGAUCUAAAGUGUUUCGAUGGUGAAUGCCAUGGUGUCAAGCCAAAGUAUAACCAAGAACAGUCCGCCACCUUUUGUUAUGUCAUGUGCUGCCAGAAUGAGUCGGAUAUUGAGGAUUUUUGA